GUAUUUGAUGUGAGACCCACUGGUUUUAAAGCUGACAUCAGACCAAUAUAUCCUGUGCAGUGUGUUCCGAAAGAGACAAACAUAGAUGAUAUUGUAACAUUCCUAGUCAAGAAUGAUUAUUUAGUAGCUCUGAUUGAAUUGUAUCCGGUGUUUGAUGAGACUGGGGACUUCUAUAAAACUGCACUUGCCAUCGAGCAUUUACGAUUCUAUUUCAAUCACAUAUGGCGUGGCUGGGAUGAUGAGGAGGAAGAUGAUUUCAUCUAUGUUGAUCGGCAUCUUGAACCAAGACUCAAAUUGUAUUAUGACAUGCAGAGUGGAACACUGGCUACUGAGACAGUUAAGAAAUACACAGCAAAGCUGGAAGAGUACAAGGUCCUCUAUGCUGAGUUGACAAAGAUGAGAAAUGAGCUUGACUGCAGUGACUCUGAGCAUGACAUUUCUGAGUCAAGUUUGAUGGAGUUGACAUUAAAAUAUCAACGGAUAAAAUCCUAUGAACAGUCACUACAAGUUAUGGAGAAUCCAAUGAUGAGGUUAAUGAUUAGUCAUCAUGAAUCGUUUAAUGGUAGUAUGCCUGGUCAGAGUAAAGGACCCAGACCUGAUGGUAGUGUCAUUACUCAUAUUGUAACUGAGAGACUUACAGUGGGCAUGUUACAGGACCUGCCUUCAGACACCAUAAUAAAGGAGUAUGAGACACCAUCGUGUGCAUUGUGUAGCUGUUUUGAUGGUGAUACAGUACUUAUAUAUCCUGGAAAUUAUCCAGCAGAUGGAUUCUAUGAUCUUCAAGACUCUAUUACAAUCAUGGGUAUUGAUGACAUUAUUAUUGAUUGUGGACAAGGUGGUGACAUCUCGGUAGACUGUCAUGCAACUGUGUUAACUAUUGCUAAUCUGACAUUUGUACAGCAUGGCACUGAUGAAGGCAUCCUGUGUGUUCGCCAUGGAAUGACAACACUGGACAAUUGUCUAUUUCAGUGUGAUGCGCGAGGUGUUGUCGUGAGACGAGGGGCAGAAUUGACAAUGAAGAAAUGUGAAGUUCAAGGUGCAAAGAGUGCUGGUGUAACUGUGCAUGAUGGUAGUAUUGCUGUAUUGAAUUCUAACAAUAUACAUCACUGUGGUACACAAGUAACGGAAGACUGUGACAACUCAGAAGGAGGAAUUCUCAUAAAAGCCUGCCCAUCAGAAGAUAACAAACCAAAAGUGAAAUUAACAGGGAACCAAAUCCAUCAUAAUUCUGGUUAUGGAAUCACUGUUAUGCAUACUAUGGAGACAAUUGAUACUGAUAUGGAUGGGAAAGAUGUGGAAGUUUUAAAAGGAGUCAAUAUUGAGAAUGUGGACAAUAAUAUUUAUGACAAUUCAAGUGGUUGCAUUGGUGCACUCAAAAUUGAAUGAAAAACAAAAGAUUACUACAGUCAUCUGAAAAAUGUAUAUUAAAAAUUAUAUCAAAUUAUAUAAAUUGUAUCUAUAAAGUGUAUUCUUGCAUUCAAAGCAUGACGUUCGACGUUUGAGAAAAUUAUCAUUGGACGACUGUGUAGAACUGAUUGCAGUAGAACUCUUAGAGGCGCUAUGAGAGUAAAUCUUAGUCCGGAUAAUAUUAUUAGUUUUUUUUUUUUUCUGUCUUGUUAAAGUACAUACGUGUAUUGUUUUCAGUAAAUACAGUAUAGUCUUAGAACAUACUAAUUUCAUUUACAAAUUCAUUACUGCAGUGUAUUCAUAUUAUUUUAGUCCUCCUAUUUACCAAUUUGUAGAUGGAGAAUUCCAUUCUUUAUAGUGGAAGAUGUCACAGUAACUUGAUAACCAGCGUUUCUCACCAUAUCCUCUGCAGCUUGUUGCUAGGUUGAAUAAGAUUUGUUCUUUAAAAUUCUUUUUUAAAUAGGACUAGAACAGCAUGCAUUAUAAACUGAUAUUUUUGGUACAUACCUGUACGCUUGCAAAAGCAACCGAAUCCAAUAUGCUCAUAAACAAUAGUUACCAUAUUGCAUCUUUAACUUUAUCAAAAUCUGCUACUAAUAAUAUUUAUUUUUCAUUCGCCUUAGUGAUUAUGUAUUGUAUUGUGAAUUUUAAUAACUCGUCACUGUUGUGAUAGGUGUUUUUUGUAUAAAAAAUGUUAUAUUAAUAUAGCAGGAAAUUACAAUAAAGAAUAUUUUAAAUAUAUAAAACGAAAAUGUUCUGUUCAUUCAUCAAAACUGAAAAAAGUUAAAGCUGACAUCAAAUUAAGUUGAAAUUCUUAAUUCUAAAAAUUUCAAAUGUUAUAAUUAUUAGUUUCACGUGAUGAAAUGUCAGAGCAUUCUCAGGCUGGGUAUCUGUCAUUUGUAGCAUAAAUCAGUCCAACUCUCUACUGUAAAAUGCUUGAAUUUUGUGUUUUGUUUAUAGAGUUUAUUUUCACUGAUUUUUGAUGAGUUGAAUGUAACAUUUGGAAAUAAAGAUGUAUUUGCUGGA